AUGCUAGAAUUCAAAAGUCCAGGUAACUGGAUGUUCAUAGUACCCUGGAUUGCCUUCAUCCCAUGGUAUGGUAUGCUGAUAGCCAUGCUUAUUUGCUGGGCUAGUCAAGGGCAUCCCAUAUACUGGUUCAUGCACGCAAAGCAGUUUCCUUUAUACAUUUCAGAUAUAGGUGCUACUAACUUAAGGCCACUGUUCAUAUCGUGUGCAGGAUGGCAGGGUUUAGGCUAUGUAAUUACUAUUGCGCUUGAGUUUUUUCAAAGAUCCGGCUACUUACCUUUCCAAUUGAAGAAGAAAGACCCUUCCAUCUCUGAUUCUACCUCCUAUGCUGAAAAAUUGCAUAGUGGUAAAUAUUUAAUGCCUCCAUACUACACGAAAGAUGAACGUAACCUGAUUUUUGCUGCGUUUGUUCUUGGCGGUAUUGGUGAACUAGCCCUUUUAUUCUGUUCCAUCUUCUCGACUGCCCUGUACCAUCAUGUUCACAUUGCAAUGGUCUCUGUCUUUGUCGUUUUUAUGUUCCUAUCCACCUGCUGCUUGAUUGCGGAAUAUUUUCUUAUGGGAAGGCAUUAUGCCUCAGUUCACCCCUUGGCCAGUCCUCACUUCAAUCCUCAAUCCUCAGAAAAAAGCUUCAAUCAAAGCUAUAGUACUGUAGAUGACCUACCUUGGUAUAAAUGGGAAGGCCACGUCUGGAACAAAUUCACCAUCAGCGCGAGUCUAAAAGUCAUAUGGUUAACUCUAGCGGUUGUUUGGGCCAUUUGUUUCGGUGCCAUCAAUGAUAGUUCCAAGAGUGCAUGUUUCGAAUGGUUGCUGGCAUUUUGGUUCGGUGUCAUAUUUAUGAUUCUUUCUGCAGAUUUCUAUUUAGGUGGAAGAUACAGAAAGUCUCGCUACUUCAAUCGUGUAGAAUCAUUUUCUGGUUAUUACAAGUAUGACAAGGCACUGGGCCUCUACCGUAGUGAAGAGGGUUUACCUUCAGACAAUAUCGCCGAUGUCAUAACGGCGGAAAUAGCAUCUUCAGAUAAUUACCAUAAUGCCUCUUCCAAUGAAUCGCUCCAAGUAGUAGUAUAA